UCUGGAUGUGAACUGCAGCACUCCGUAGUGAUCAUUGUUCUGACCCAUUUUUAUAUUAUUUCAGGAUAUAAUCCCAUGCCACUUGCUUCGUCGUUUUCUUUGCACUGAGACUGCUCUUCAUACGGUGUGAUGGAGCUGUUGUGGCCUGGUUUGUUUAUGCUUCAAAUGUUCUGUUUUGUGAACGGUUAUCCCGACGGCGCUCCCACCAGUGCCUGUGAGGAUAUGUUACCUCGCCAUGCUGGGGUGCUGCCUCAGCCUUCACCUGCACCCCACUGUCUGCUCACCAGUGCUAGGGUGUUUCAGCCAGGGAAGCCCAUUACAGUGACCAUCAUUGGACCAAAAUACAGAGGGGUGCUUCUGGAAGCUCGAACAGCUGGGAGCACCAGCGCUCUGGGGAAGUGGCAGAACCCUCCUCCAGACACAAAGUUCCUUCAGUGCACGGGUAAUCCUCGAGGUGCUAUCACUCAUUCAAACACCAACCACAAGGACAACAGCACUGUGUACAGCUGGAUACCACCUCAAACUACAAGUCCUAUCUACUUCAUGGCCACAGUAGCUCAGAAGCGCACAGUGUUCUGGGUUAAUGUAAGGUCCACCACUCUGACCAGAGGGGGGAAAAGCAAGCUUGGUCUGGCAGUAGAUGCUUCUGCUGGAAUGGCUGAAGGCAAACCUCUGCUUCUCUUUGUGAUAUGUUUUCUGAUUUUAAACAUACUGGGAUGAAUAGAAAAUAUGUACCAGAAUCUCCUUGUUUCUGAUUGUUGUUGUGCAUUAUGUGUAUUCUAUGUAUUACAUAUAUUAAUCAAAUAUUCUGCAGUAUUAUAACCCUAUAUCACAUCUCAGUGAAUAGUAACAGAAAUGAUAUAUGUACCUGCAUUGAAAAUGCAUCAUUUGAUCUUGUUCUGGCCUUUAUGGGGUGUGUUCAGUUUAAUAUAAAAAUGCAUUGAAGGUUUUCAAGUGUAAGGUACGAAUAUGCCAAGAUAUAGCUUUACUAAUGAGUAUUGUAUUCAUUUUUUAUUUCAGUAUAAUGAAUUUCAAAACAAGUGUGGUUCACAAAUGUUUCUUUAUUGUACUCAAUUCACAUGUCUCAGUUCUGAUGCAUAUAUUGAAAAAAUGUUUUUUGUUUACUCUCAAGAGACUGAAAAUAGUUGACUGGACUUAUAUGAUUUCUUUCACCGCUCAUCCAAGAAGCUUCUUCAGUUCUAGAACCAAAAGGUGGAGAGUCCCAGGGAAUUAAACCCUAAAUGGGUGCUGUCUCCUUUGGAGUUGUUCAUUGCCCCAAUUGGAGUAAAAGAAGUCACCUGUAUCCACUUUGAACGACCAUCACUAAACAGAGGUGGUGGCUUCACCCAAAAUCCCCCGUGGUAAUGACCCACACCUGUUUUCACACCUUGGCUCAUGUGAUAACAUACAUGAUUAAUAGUGGGUCAAUGACCCCCUUGAAGGGGGAUAACUCCCACUAGGGUUUAAAUACCUGGGACUCUCAACCUUUUGGUUUUAGAACUGAAAAAGCCUCUUGGAUGAGAUCCUAAACGUCCCCAUCUUAAAGAAGUCUGGUUGCUUUUUUUUUUUUUUUCAAGCCCUUGCGACUGCCAUGACCUGGAUGGCUGAGAAUCCACACAGACUUGUUGGUUACUCUGUCAUUGUUUUUUUUUUUUUAAUCACUAGAUUUCUCCUCACAUAUCCCGUGCAUCUGUUGUAUCUAUGUAUGUAUAUCUAGUGAUCAAGCCUCUCAUU